AGACGAGUGUGUGAUGCUCACUGGUAUUCUAAAGACACCUUUCAUGUAUUUUCACAUUUUCCUUUCUGCAGACACUCUCGCUGGAAUAAGAGAACUUUAUCGCUGACAGACAACACAAGUAUGGAGUGCAGCUGGCGCAGGGCAGCAGCACACACCUGAGGUUGAUUAGGGUGGCCUAUUUAACCUGGGUGCUGCCUGCCUGUGAGCGCCGGAACCUUGUGGUCACUGCUGCUACUCUUCGCAUGUGUCUUUUUCGUCUCACUAGCAAACUCUCUAGUUUGUCUCGUGCAUCUCACAGAAUUGUCCCUCCUGAGUGGCUGCCUCUGGACAUCUUACUUGUGGAGAUGAACUCAUCGAAGGCAGUCAGGCUCACCUUUGUCCUGCUUUUGGCCGAGUCCUUGUUGCAUGACAUCGGGUGGUCCCCGCAGUCUGCCAUUACAUUGUUCAAGGCGCUGACACGCAAACAACUUGACAGUCAUGGCCGAGAGAAAAGAAGUGGUGUUCUCCAACGUCUGACCCCAAUGGAAGUGGACGUUGUCCUCACAAUUAAUCUUCCAAGCAACACUGAGCCAUCACAGAUCAUUGAUCAACUAAGGAUGUCCGUACAACAAGUGGAUUUACCAUCAAACUUCUCAGAUGAUGUCAUGGUGACAAGACUCAAUUUGACCACAGUCUGCCUCUCAAACUCUACUGAAGGACAGCAGUGUCAGUGUGAGGAACAAUAUGCAUGGCCAUGUUCCCUCUGUGAUGACUUUGGGGCCUGCAACAAUGAAACUACAGAAACAUGCGACUGCAUUAAUGGACUUCCUUCAAACGGGCAAUUCUGUGAGCUGCAAACUUUUUUUGCCUCAUGUCAACCACCAACGCCACCAACAACAACAGAAGUGGACAUAGUCCUCACUUUUCCAGACAACGCCAACCCAUCAGAGUUCAUUAAUCAACUGAGGAUGUUUGUGAUUACUCGGUCUUCACCAGAAAACAUCACCAAUGAAGUAGUAUUGGAAAACCUAAAUUUGACCACGACCUGCCAGCCAAACUCUACUGAAGGACAGCAGUGUCAGUGUGAGGAACAAUAUGCAUGGCCAUGUUCCUUCUGUGAUGACUUUGGGGCCUGCAACAAUGAAACUACAGAAACAUGCGACUGCAUUAAUGGACUUCCUUCAAACGGGCAAUUCUGUGAGCAGCAAACUUUUUUUGCCUCAUGUCAACCACCACCACCAACGCCACCAACAACAACAGAAGUGGACAUAGUCCUCACAGUGAAUGUUCCAGACGACACCGAUCCAUCACAGUUCAUUAAUCAACUGAGGAUUGCUGUGGUUACUUUGUUGUUACCACAAAACAUCACUGAUUCAUUGAUAAGCUUAGAUUUGACCACAAUCUGCCUCUCAAACUCUACUGAAGGACAGCAGUGUCAGUGUGAGGAACAAUAUGCAUGGCCAUGUUCCUUCUGUGAUGACUUUGGUCAAUGCAACAAUGAAACUACAGAAACAUGCGACUGCAUUAAUGGACUUCCUUCAAACGGGCAAUUCUGUGAGAUACAAACUCUUUUCCCCUCAUGUCAACCACCAGCACCACCAGCACCACCACCAACAACAGAAGUGGACAUAGUCCUCACAGUGAAUGUUCCAGACGACACCGAUCCAUCACAGUUCAUUAAUCAACUGAGGAUUGCUGUGGUUACUUUGUUGUUACCACAAAACAUCACUGAUUCAUUGAUAAGCUUAGAUUUGACCACAACAUGCUUCAUAAUGACUGCUGGAGUUCAGCAAUGUCGGUGUGAAGAACAAUACGCAUGGCCAUGCCAAUUCUGUCAACGUUUUGGUUCGUGCAGCAAUGAACUCACAGCAAUCUGCAACUGCAUCGAUACACUUCCCCCGGAUGGGGAAUUCUGUGAGCUACAAACAAGUGACUCUCUAUGUCUACCUAAUCCAGCAAACAUCACUACGACAGUCAAUUCUAUGACAAGCAUGCCUGCAACAAGCUCUGUUUCAGCUCCAAAUCCACCUCCUCCAAUAUCCAAUACUUUAGAUGUCCUACCGGUGUCGUUCACCAUUGACAUGAACUUCAGCCCAGAGUUCAACAACAUGGACAACUUUGUUAACAUGAUGGUUAAUGAGUCAAUAACGACACGAGCUCCAGAGUUCAUCCAAAACUUGGUGUCAGCAGAGCUCAUGAACUUCAGUUCUGGUAGCACCAUCGUUAACUUCAACCUCACUGCAAAUACGAUUAUUGAAGACUCGAAUGUUGAGAACCUUUUGACCGCAAUAUUUAAUGACCUGCGGGACUUGUUUCCUUUGGUGCUCGACGGUGUUGAGCCCUUAACUUUUCGGCCAGCUGAAAUAUUCAUUGAGCAGACUCUGACUGUGAUCUGUGGGCCACCACCAGCUGAUGCGGUAUUUAAUGAACCUAUUACAGCUGAGUGGCAUCUUAAUGGGGAAAUAAUAGCAGUAGACGCCCAACACAGCAUUUCAACAGGUGGUCGAAUGUCAACGCUUACUAUCUUGAACUUCUUUUUUACUGACAAUGGAAUCUAUGAAUGUCGGCUGACUGAUACCCAAGCUAUUUUCCGGCAGCGUUCUCCCAUAUUUAUGCUGAAUGAAACACCACGAAUCCAAGUACGGCCGCUUGAAACGAGUAUAUUGUGUCAGGUCGGGCAAACAGUGUCAUUGGCGUGCUCAGUGCAGGACCCCUACAUCGUGGAGUUUGACGCUGCAACCAGUUUCGACCAAGGACCUUCAAUCCAAUACCAGCAUAAUAUCACAAACUGCAGCGAAACGGAUUUUAGGGUGAAUUGUCAGGUGAUUAACUUCACUGAUUUUUCACGAGAGAUCAGAAUAAGGUUUCUCACAAACGUUGUAUUCACGUGUGUUAAUGAUCCGAUAUUUGGAAAUGGAAUUUUAAACGACAUGGGUACUGCUGUUUGUCAAGACGAAGGCAAUGUUGGACUGAUGACAGCAAUUUGCAAUGAAAGUGGAGAAUGGGAAGAUGAAGAAGACAACUGCACCAGCCAGAUGAUUUUGGACUUAUUCCGUCAGUCUUCGCAAUUGACUGAAAGCGAUUUGGGAGUCUUCCUGAAUGCAGUCAACAACACAGUUGUGGAGCUCGCUCUGGAGAAUGCCGAGUCUCCUAACAACAUUGAGGCCAUUGUUAGGAUUCUCGACAAUGUUGGAAUCUUUGUAACAACAACGGUAUCAAAUGGAACAGUCCUUGUACAAUCUUCUAUUGCGGAUAUCCUAUCAACUACAAGUGCCCUCACCAUAGAGCAGGCUCGGGAAUCAUGGGCCUUUCUUAACGCUCGAGCUGUCACCGAGGUCCUGGGAACAAGAUUUGUCAGACCCAGAAACGAAAGUAUUAGUUCCUUAUUAUUGUUCUCCCUAGAGUCAUUAACAAGUCGGUUUGUUAAUGAAACUUUGAACAUUGAGACACCUUUGGUUCUCCUGAACAAAACAAUGUUCAACAGCAAUUUCAGUGGUGAUUUCAACUCCACAGUGGAGAUAGAAGUAUCAGACACGAAUGCAAUAACGAUUCUAACUGUGCUAACCUUCGAGUCCAUGGAUAAUAUACUUCCCCCAAGAGAUGAGGACAACUCCACAGACAGGACAAUUAACGGGAGAGUGGUACUCGUGCAAUCUACUACCACAGUUAACAACAUCACGUUUGUCUUUGACAUUAUUAACCAGACCCUACGGAGGCCUCAGUGUGUGUUCUGGAACUUUACACUCUUCGGAGGUCUUGGAGGAUGGGAUGAUGAAGGAUGCCAGUUGAUUGCAAUGGAUAGUGAAACCGUCACAUGUCGCUGUGACCAUGUGACCUCCUUCUCGAUGCUUAUGUCACCCUUUGUGCCAGCGAUUCCUGCCUUGGCCUUCAUAACCUUCAUUGGCGUCGCUGUUUCCUUGGCAUCUUUAGUCAUAUGCCUCAUUAUAGAAGCAGUCGUAUGGAAAAAAAUGAAAAGGAAUGAAAUUGCGUACUUGCGCCAUAUUUCUAUCGUUAACAUUGCAUUGUCUCUCUUGAUUGCAAACAUUUGGUUCAUCAUCGGAGCCGCUAUCGCUGGUCAACGACGAAGAAAUUUAGAUGCAUGCGUUGCUGCAACCUUUUUCAUCCAUUUUUUCUACCUAGCCCUUUUUUUCUGGAUGCUAUCAUCUGCCCUGUUGCUGUUUUACCACGCGGUCAACGUCUUUGGCACACUUACAAAACAGAAAAAGUUGGCUAUUGGAUUUUGUCUUGGCUAUGGGGGCCCUCUGAUUAUUGCAUCCAUUACGAUAGCUGUAACUGCACCUACCAAUACUUACAUCCAAAUAACCGGGUCCUGCUGGCUCAACUGGACCCAGUCCAGAGCACUGCUGGCAUUUGCCGUUCCGGCACUGCUUAUAGUGUUCAUAAACAUUGUGAUCCUAAUUGUUGUGGCUACAAAACUCAUUCAGAGUCAGAUUUCGACAAACAAUGUACCAGAAGAUACGAGGCAAAGCUUGAAGGUUAUCGUUCGGAGCUUGACUGUCCUCACACCCUUUUUUGGAAUUACCUGGAGUCUUGGAGUAGGAACCCUCUUAGACCCAAGAAACGUUGGAAUCCACAUCACCUUUGCACUCUUCAAUUCCCUACAGGGCUUCUUCAUCUUAGUAUUUGGAACCCUGUUGGACAGAAAGGUGCGCGAAGCCAUCACAGAAGUAACUGGAUUAGGAACAACGAGCACCAAUACCCGACACGGAGGGAGGAUCAAUACACAGGGAGAAAAAGUCGAUACUGAGACAACACAACCCACGGAUUUUACAAAUAGCACAACAGGGAUUCAUUAAAAUCUUCUGUCAACGACCAACGCUGACACCAGCAGUAUUGUGUCAGAAAGAGAACCUUCUGGAGCCAAUACAUGACAAGCGCCACAGAGAUGCCAGGACGUGCAGGCCAAGCCCCAAACUUAUUACUGCUGUGCUUUUGUCCGCCAUUUUGUUUCACUUGGAACAGUAGUCGUAUUUAUCACAAAUGUGUGUAUUUAAACUUGGAACAUUAGUAGUACUGUUCACAAAUGUGUCUAUUGAAGUACUCUCUCUGAAAGCUCAAGGUGGUAUUUGAAGUUGUCAAUGCUUGCAAUUAUGCUGUAAAUGCACAGAUAUUCAAACAUCACAUUUAUGAAUGUUGCCUACAUGAUGUAAUACGUAUAUGUAUAUACAUACACUUACUAUUGUGUAAUUAUCACUGCACUUAUGUGUUAUUUAAGGUUUUGAUACUUUGCACCAGAUCUCCAUGAUCAGACCAAUCAAGCACUUUAUGUUCAUGUUAUUAAUUUGUCACGUGUCUUUACAAUAACACAGGUGAUACAAUUUAUUUAACAAUAUAACUAUAAUAUUUUAUAUAUACACUACAUAUAUCAUGAUUAUACAGUAUAUUUUAAUUAUUAAAUUGUUACGUGUGUCUUUAUAGUAGCACAGGUAGUACAAUGCAUUUUAUAAUGUAACUAUAACAUUCUGUGUGUAUACUGUAUGUAUCAUUAAUAUACAAUGUAAUAUAAUUACACAUGCAUUUAAUGUGCAUAACACUUGAUUUGUUUUGUGUGUGCGUGUGUGUGUGUGUGUGUGUGCGUGUGUGUGUGUGUGUGUGUGUGUUUGAGUGCGUGUGCAUGCGUGUGUGUGUCAGAAUGUAUUUUUAAUUGUGGAUGUGGGAUUAAUUUGAUUAAAACUUAAAUGUCAA